UACGCUAACACGGACACGGCUUCAACGGGCCUCGGCUCGCUCGGCCAACUUCUAACGUCUUUGACUUCCAGUAGAACCAGGUUCUCGAUAAACCCCAAAAUCUGCAGCAGCUGUUGCUUUGUGCUCCCGGCAAUCCAUAAUCGCAAUUUCUGGUUCCUUCCGCGCCAAACCUUCAAUAUAUCGAAUCAGUUCCUUCAACUAUAAUCCUGUUUGCAAGAAGAGAAGAAGUUAAGCAAAGAUCAAGUUAAAAAUGGGGGUUGAUGAUGUGCCUCUGGAUGACAAGGCAAAGAGAAUGAGAGAUCUGCUAUCAAGCUUCUACUCUCCAGAUCCUGCAACGUCAUCCGGCAACUCUUCGAAUUUCGAUUCUUUAGAUGCCAUAAACACAACAUCCUUCGAUGCUGAUCAGUACAUGAAUCUCUUGGUGCAAAAGUCAAACUUGGAAGGACUUCUGCAGAAGCACGUUGAAAUGGCAGCCGAGAUAAAAAAUCUUGACACUGAUUUGCAAAUGUUAGUUUAUGAAAAUUACAAUAAGUUCAUCAGUGCUACUGAUACGAUCAAGAGGAUGAAAAAUAAUAUCGUGGGCAUGGAAGCAAAUAUGGAGCAGCUCCUUGAGAAAAUAAUGUCAGUGCAAUCAAGAAGCGAUGGUGUAAACACAUCUCUUUUUGAAAAGAGGGAACAUAUAGAGAAAUUGCAUCACACACGCAACCUUCUUCGUAAAGUUCAGUUCAUAUACGAUCUGCCUGCUAGACUUGGGAAGUGUAUUAAAUCGGAAGCAUAUGGUGAUGCAGUCAGGUUCUACACUGGAGCAAUGCCAAUUUUCAAGGCAUAUGGGGAUUCAUCAUUCCAGGACUGUAAGCAAGCAUCUGAAGAAGCUAUGAGCACAGUUAUAAAAAUUUUGCAGGGAAAGCUUUUUUCAGAUACUGAAUCCAUACAAACAAGGGCUGAGGCUGCAGUGCUUCUUAAGCAGUUGGAUUUUCCGGUGGACAGCUUAAAGGCUAAACUAUUUGAAAAGUUGGAACAAUCUCUUGAGGACCUUCAGCUUAAGACAGAAGAAAUAACCAAUGUUUUGGAGAACUCUAAUGAUCCUACAAAUCUUGCUACCACAAAUGAUGCUUCCGUUCAUGAGUUUGUGGAGGCUAUCCGAGCUUAUCGAGUAAUAUUUCCCAAUUCAGAAAAGCAAAUAAUUAAACUCGCUCAAGAUUUGAUUACCAAGCACUUUGAAAUUACUCAGCAAUACAUAAAGGAGCAUAUUUCUGUUUCAAAGUUUUUGGGUGUUCUUCGAAUUAUAUGGAGAGAUGUGCUUCUGAUGGAUGAAGUGCUAAAUGAGGCUUUUCUCCCUGAUUAUUCUUUGGAGGCUGCCCAGGGGGUUGUCAAGCAGUAUGUUGCGAGUACAUUUUCUCAUCUUCUGCGUGAUAUCUCAGAUGGCCUUACUGUCAAUGUCCAAACGAAAAGGAAGGAGGGAGAGGAAGAGCUUCCAUUGCAGGUUGCCCUGGAAACUAGCAAAAAUGCAGUGCUUAAAGGAAGCAUGGAUGUCUUAGUGGACCUUCACUAUCUUCUUGAUGACAACUUAGGCUUUCUUCUAAAAUUAAGAGACUCGAUUAUUGAUUGGGUUCAAGAAGGAUUUCAAGAUUUCUUCAGGGCUCUGGAUAAACAGUUCCUCUUGCUUUCUGGAAAAAAUAAAUCAGCCAGUCAAGAACAAGGUUUGGCAGAGGGAAUAGUAGUUGACAAAGUGCUUGCCGGUCUUGUCCUGGUGCUGGCUCAGCUUUCUGUUUUUAUUGAACAAACUGUCAUCCCAAAAAUUACCGAGGAAAUAGCUACUUCUUUCUCUGGUGGAGGCGUUCGAAGCUUUGAAAAUGGGCCUGCAUUUGUUCCUGGUGAAAUUUGUCGAAUCUUUCGGUCAGAUGGUGAAAAGUUUCUACACCAUUAUAUAAAUAUGAAAACUCAGAGAGUAUCAGUUCUCCUGAAGAAGAGGUUUAAAGCUCCAAACUGGGUCAAGCACAAGGAGCCAAGAGAAGUUCACAUGUUUGUUGAUUUAUUUCUUCAAGAGUUGGAAGCAAUAGGUGCUGAGGUGAAGCAGGUUUUACCUCAAGGAGGUCUUCGUAGGCAUCGUCGCUCUGAAAGCAACGGCAGCACCACAUCCUCACGCAGCAAUCAAUUACGAGAUGAUAGAAUGACUCGGACAAAUACCCAAAGGGCCAGGAGCCAGCUUCUAGAAACCCACCUUGCAAAAUUGUUCAAGCAAAAAGUAGAAAUUUUUACAAAAACUGAAUUUACACAGGAAUCUGUGGUAACCACUAUCGUAAAAUUUUGCCUUAAAAGUUUGCUAGAAUUUGUCAGACUUCAGACUUUCAACCGGAGUGGGUUUCAGCAAAAUCAGUUAGACAUUCAGUUCCUAAGGGCUCCUCUAAAGGAAACAGUUGAAGAUGAAGCAGCCAUCGACUUUUUGCUUGAUGAGGUAAUUGUUGGUACUUCAGAACGUUGUCUUGACCCAAUUCUUCUGGAGCCUCCUAUCUUGGACAAACUAAUACAAGCAAAGUUGGCCAAGAAGAGGGAAGAGAACGCAAUUACUCCAUAAUUAGGGAGGCAAAAGUCAGACUACAUUGUUUUUUCAUCAAGAAGUGUCAAAUGAAUAUCUGACUGAAAUGAUUGAAGAAGUUUCACUAGCAUCCACGGGGCAUACGUUGCAUGCUAAGAUGAUCUAAUUCAAUCAAGAGGUAUAUGUUGCCUAAAACCUGAAUGCAUAGCCCGGGAAAGUUGUUUUGCUUUUGUUUCAAGCCUGCGGUUUGACUGGUAGUAGCCUCUAGUUCGCAUUUGCAAACCUGCAUCCGAGAAGUCCAUGUUCUUGAAAGUUUUUCCUUUGAGGGAGCCUCACUAGUUUCCAGUGCAUGUACGUGUGGCGUGGUGCGGCAAUGACUGAAGCUUCCAUUCCCUGUAGCACCAUUUAGGAUCGGGAAGCAUAUACGCUAUUUAUUAGACGUUCUUUCUUUUGUUUUUUUUGGGUGGGGGGUGGGGGUGGGGGAGAGGGUGUGUUCUGGUAAUUUGAGUCCAGGAGGAUAGUGCAAAAUUAAAAUUUGUUUUUCUCCACAUUAUGAACUUCUUUGCCAUUUUUGCUUUUUUUUUUUUUUUUUUUACAGGCCAAUUGAUUGAAAAUAUUUAUUUUAUAAUUAGUUUUUUUAUUAUAUGUAACUUCUAUGACAGAUAGAGCUUCAAUGAAGCGGGAGGAGGAAAGAUUUUUCGGUUAAAUAUUUUAUUAUUUUAUUUUAUUUUAA